AUGAAAUCGGUAAUCACUGGAAUACGAGACAUUGAAAAGACUCAAAAUACACAGCUUCAGCCUCCUUCAUGUUUCAACUGGUACUCGAUUAUAUCAUGGGACGAGCUCUUCAAACCAGAAAGGGGAUUCGUCGUCCACAAUUCCAUUGCAUUUGAAGUCAAAAUCAAAGUGGAUAAAGUAGAAGAAGCCACUUCGACCGCGAACAAACGCCGUGCACCAAGCCCAGCCGAAGCUGAAUCAAUGGAAUGCUCGAUUUGCUUUGAAAGAAUGAAGGGCCAAGAUGUAUCAUCAACGGAUUGUGGCCAUUUGUUUUGUUCAAAAUGCAUCAAAAAUGCUGUACGAUCCCGAGGACUCUGCCCAUCAUGCAACACGAAACUCAACCUUCGUAAGGUGCGUCGUGUCUAUUUGCCAUUCGCAAAGAACGAUUAA